AUGGCCUCUCGUGUCUUUGCUACUGCUCUUCGUGCUGCUUCCCGCCGUGCUAUCGUGCCCGCUGUUGCACGCCCUGUUGCUGCUAUGGCUUCAGCCAACUUGAAGCAAACUGCUGUCAAGGCUUCCAUGACUCCUAUGCGCGGUUACAAGACCCUUAACUUUGGUGGUGUUGAGGAAACCGUUUAUGAGCGCUCCGAUGUUCCCCGUGAAAAGUUGCUUGAGACCUUCAAGGAUGAUACCAUUGCUGUUCUUGGCUAUGGUCCCCAAGGCCGUGGUCAAGCUUUGAACUUGCGUGACAAUGGUGUCAAUGUCAUCAUUGGUCAACGUGAAGGCAAGACCUUCAACCAAGCUGUUGAAGAAGGCUGGGUUCCAGGCAAGAACCUUUUCCCUAUCCUUGAGGCUACCGAGAAAGCUACCGUUGUCAUGAACUUGCUCUCUGAUGCCUACCAAAAGGCUAUUUGGCCCGAGAUGGCACCUCUCAUCACUCCUGGCAAGACCCUUUACUUCUCCCAUGGUUUCUCUAUUGUCUACAAGGACCAAACUGAUAUUGUCCCUCCCAAGGAUGUUGAUGUGAUCCUUGUUGCCCCGAAGGGAUCUGGUUUCACUGUCCGCCGCUUGUUCCAAGAGGGUCGUGGUAUCAACUCCUCCUUCGCUGUUUACCAAGAUGCUAGUGGUAAGGCUCGUGAUCGCACCAUUGCCUUGGGUAUUGGUAUUGGCUCUGGUUACAUGUACGAGACCACCUUUGAAAAGGAAGUGUACUCUGAUUUGUUCGGUGAGCGUGGUGUCUUGAUGGGUGCCAUCCAAGGCUUGUUCCAAGCUCAAUAUGAAGUCCUUCGUGCCAAUGGCCACUCUCCCUCUGAAGCCUUCAAUGAGACCGUUGAAGAGGCCACCCAAUCUCUUUACCCCUUGAUUGGUGAACGUGGUAUGGAUUGGAUGUACUCUAACUGCUCUACCACUGCUCAACGUGGUGCUCUUGAUUGGUGGCGCCCAUUCCAUGAUGCCUCCAAGCCUAUCUUUGAACAACUUUAUGCUUCCGUCAGAGAUGGUUCCGAGACUGCUCGCUCCCUUGAUCGUAACUCUCAACCUGAUUACCGUGAAAAGCUCGAGGAAGAGCUUAAGGAAAUCCGUGAAUCUGAAAUCUGGCGUGCUGGCAAGACUGUUCGUCAACUUCGUCCUGAGAACGUUGGCAAGAACUAA